CACACACACACACGUUCCAGUGAGAUGCGUGCGACACCGAGCGGCAUAAGAAACAGUAAACAUUAGAUUAGACAAGAAUGGAAAAUAAGUGGUACGUGGCUAGUCCACCAGUAUUCGAAAGUGGCGAGACAUUGAGACGUUCUUUUUAUUUUACAAAGGGGAUGUGUCCAAACAACUUGUAAUUCUUAGACAAGAAAUAUAUAAUGCCAGAAAAAUUAAAUAUGAGAAAAAUGAGAGCUCUUAUACUUGUUGGCGGCUAUGGAACGAGACUGCGUCCUCUGACAUUGAGUAGACCUAAGCCCCUCAUAGAAUUUGCUAAUAAACCGAUGCUUCUGCACCAAAUCGAAGCCCUGGUGGAAUCCAAUGUGAAAGAAGUCAUUCUUGCUGUAUCUUAUAGAGCAGAAGAAAUGGAGAAAGAAUUAGCAAAAGAGGCUGAAAAAUUGGGCGUAACAUUAAUAUUUUCUCAUGAAACUGAACCUCUGGGUACCGCGGGUCCCCUUGCCCUGGCUCGUGAGAUUCUUUCGGAAGGCAGCGAGCCUUUCUUCGUUCUAAAUUCAGACAUAAUAUGCGACUUUCCAUUCAAAGAAUUGCUUCAAUUCCACAAAUCACACGGAUGCGAAGGAACGAUUGUCGUUACGAAAGUCGAAGAACCUUCGAAAUACGGCGUCGUAGUUUAUGGCGAGAAUGGUCAGAUCGAAAGUUUCAUUGAAAAGCCUCAGGAAUUCGUCUCUAACAAAAUCAACGCUGGUAUGUACAUAUUAAAUCCUAGCGUACUGAGCAGAAUAGAACUGCGGCCCAUGAGUAUAGAGAAGGAAGUAUUUCCGAAAAUGGCAGAAGAUGGUCAACUCUAUGCUAUGGAAUUGUCAGGUUUUUGGAUGGACGUGGGACAGCCGAAAGAUUUUCUUACAGGGAUGUGCAUGUAUCUCGCAUCAUUGAGGCAAAAAUCACCGCACCAAUUGUACGACGGACCGGGUGUCGUAGGCAACGUUUUGGUCGAUCCGAGUGCAAAAAUCGGUAAAGAUUGCCGGAUCGGUCCCAACGUAACGAUCGGACCAGGAGUCACCCUGGCGGAUGGUUGUUGCGUGAAAAAAACAACGCUUCUUCGGUCGUCAGUGGUGAAGGAGCACGCCUGGCUCGAAGGCUGCAUCGUUGGCUGGAAAAGCGUAGUCGGCCGUUGGGUACGAAUGGAAGGAACGACCGUACUCGGUGAAGAUGUUAUCGUCAAGGACGAGCUCUACAUAAACGGUGGACAAGUCUUGCCCCACAAAAACAUUGGAGUUUCUGUGCCGGAGCCUCAAAUCAUCAUGUGACCCGAUUGAGCGAGCGCCAACUAUUUCUGCAACAAAAACGACAUAAUAUUGUGACUAUUGUAUACAAGCACAUUUCUACUCCAAAUUUUACUUCCAAAAAUUUCUUUAUCUUUUUUAAUUCGUCUGCAAAAAAAUAAUACGUGUAUCAUAGCCAUUUAUUUAUACGACUUUACAAAAUGA